AUGUCAAAGCGACGACAACGUCCAAGCAAAAAGGAAUCCGAUCGUGGCGAAUUCUUGAGUCAAUUAGUGCAAGAGUACCUUGUGACAAGAAGUCUAGAAGCAAAACAACAAGUGCUAGCGAAUCUGGCCAAUUUCGCGUACGAUCCCAUCAACUAUGAACACCUGUGGCAAGCCAACGCUAUCGACCUUUUUAUAAAUGGCCUUGAGGAUCCUGAUCCAUCGCUGAGGGAAUUUGGUACGGGUGGAUUAGCAAAUGUUUGUUCAGAUCCCAAUCAUCGGCAGUACAUCUUUUUGCAACCGGAAUGCAUCGAUGCUCUCAAGAAAACAGUAUCGGAUGCCGUCAACAGUACCCAGGCACAAGAUGAAACGGUGAUCAAUGCAAUGACUACAUUAAUGCUGCUUAUUGAGCCAUCAUCCCAACAAGCAAUUUGUACACACGACUUGAAGAAAGGGCUUGAGCAAUUACGAUCCAGUGAAGACAAGAAUCCUCGAGUACGCACCAUGGCAACUUUAUUCCUCAACGACUAUUUCCAUUGA